AUGGCCUCUCCUACGUCUGAUACUAAGCAAGACGUUAUCACGGUUUACCAAGGACGCCCUAACUUCUCUUGUUCUCAGUGUGCGGCAGUCAUAACUCUCCAAGAUGAGCUCAUCAGCAAGCACUUCUCUGGGAGGGAAGGGAGAGGAUAUCUGAUUCACUCUGCCGUUAACGUGAAGCUAGGAAAGAAGGAGGAUAGGCAUCUGCUAACGGGCGUGCAUACCGUCGCCGACGUCUUUUGCGUAGGCUGCAAUGACCGGCUCGGGUGGUUUUAUCACAAGGCAGCAGACCAGUCCCAGAAGUACAAGGAAGGGAAGUACUUGCUGGAACGAGAGAAGCUCAUAAAGGACAAUUCAUGGACUCUUGAUGACUAGGAUGGCGUGUAUGGUGUAACUGCAGUGUAUGUAUGUAUUCUAUGAUAUCUCCCUGGGCACAAGUCGU